UAUCGAUAAAGUUGCAGCGUUUUGCCAUCCCUGGUUACGUGCCUUUCUAUCGACCCAAAAAUCACCACAACAAAACAAUUGUAACUUUGUUUUUUCGCCAAAUUAAUUCGUGUGCCGUAAACAUGUCGCUAACAAUGCGAAUUUUCACAGCAUCGCGCCAUGGUCAGCGCAUGUUCGGCACUACAGGCGCACGUAUGCUGGCUGCCCAGAAAGCCGAACCCAAAGACAUCGUUGCCGUUCCCAAGGGCUACAUAUAUGUGAACAACAAGGAGCUGAGCAUGGAAUUUGAGGAUAUCACAGAUCGUGCGGCAACCACAAUGUUCUUUGGCGAGCUCUUUCGCGGUUUUGCCGUUACGCUGGCGCACAUCUUCAAGGAGCCGGCGACGAUUAAUUACCCCUUCGAAAAGGGGCCACUGAGUCCGCGCUUCCGUGGUGAGCACGCCCUUCGUCGCUAUCCCAGCGGCGAGGAACGUUGCAUUGCCUGCAAGCUGUGCGAGGCCAUUUGUCCCGCCCAGGCAAUCACCAUUGAGGCCGAGGAGCGAGCCGAUGGCAGCAGGCGCACUACACGAUACGAUAUUGACAUGACCAAGUGCAUCUACUGCGGUUUUUGUCAGGAGGCCUGUCCCGUCGAUGCGAUUGUUGAGGGCCCCAACUUUGAGUUCUCGACAGAGACACACGAGGAGUUGCUCUACAACAAGGAGAAGCUGCUGUGCAAUGGCGAUAAAUGGGAAUCGGAAAUUGCCUCCAAUCUGCAGGCCGACCAUUUGUAUCGUUAACUUUUAUUGUACAUAUUAGAAUUUUUGUUUAGGAUGAUUUUCCAAUUAAAGAUCGUCGUUGCCCCGUCUUCAUUAACAACGUAAAUAUCGUUA